AUGUUAUACGGAUAUCGCUUCUCGGAUGUCUCGGACGCCUGGGGUAUAUCUGACGAAGAGCUCCAGGCUGACGAAGCAGAUGACAAUGCUGCUGCCGGUCAAAUCAGACAGCGCUGUCUCAGUGGGAAAUGCAACAUCAACAUUGAAAGUGGGGACGACAAUGAAGACCAACGCGAAGGUUGUCCCCAGAACAGAGAAGAAGCGGCGGCCCUCGGAAGGUCCUGCCUUCGAAAAUGCAAGAGCGAUGAAGACUGCAUUUCUUCGAAGAAAAAAUGUCUCUGCGACGGUCUUUGCGGAUGGAGUUGCGUACGGCCGGAUUUGAACUGCGAUGAGCUGGAGCCCAUUCCCAACGGAAGCUACAAAGUCACAGGGGAUUAUUUCGGCGCACGGGUCUACUACGACUGUCUGGAAGAUUUUUGGAUGUCCGGACCCAAGGAGCGAAUGUGUCAAGGGGACGGAAAAUGGAGCGACAAGCCACCCGAGUGCAAGAAACAACCGGCUUGCAGCGAACCGCCGAAAGUACCGCAUUCCCGGAUCAACUCGACUCAAGAAGAUCCGAACGAUUUCCCAAUUAACUCAACUGUGCGAUUCGGCUGCUUCCCCGGAUACGAAGCGCGAGGCUUCGACAUCGCCAAAUGCAUAUUCUACAACAACUCGGCACAAUGGUUCGGUCCGGACCUAAAAUGUGAACCAAUCAGCUGCGUCACACCAGAGAAGAUUGAAAACGGGAAAAUCGUCGGCGCGAGCAACAAAUUCACGAGCUCGAUCAAAUACGAGUGCAAUGAAGGAUACGAACUCAUCGGAAGGGCCCACAGAUAUUGCACAUCCGGAGCCUCGUGGAGUGGUUCAGCCCCCGAGUGCAGGCCGGUGGUGUGCCCUAAGCCGACAAAUCCGGAUAACGGUCGGGCCAUAUUCACAUCAUUGACAUACGGAUCCAGUGUCACCUACGAGUGUCAUCACGGCUUCACUGUCAAAGGUCCAGCGAGCGCGAAAUGCAACGCCAAACGAGAGUGGCAAGGAGGUCCUUCUUCUUGCGUCGAGAUCAACUGCAACAAUCCUGGCACACUGUACAACGGCUUCGUCGAGCUGAGAGGAACGAAUCUCAAUGCAAAAGCCACAUUCCACUGCCACAACGGGAUGAAGUUCGAGGGAGACUCGACUUUCGCCAUUUGUAUGGAGACGGGCAACUGGUCGCAUCCGCUCCCGCGGUGCCUAGCUCCAUGCAAAAUGCCCGAAAUCGAAUUCGGAGAAGUCGUCUCCCUCGGACCAUCCUCUCUGCAAGAGCACGGGCAGAUGCUCAAUGUGACUUGUAUUGAGAACUACGAACUCAGCAACAAUAACUCGCAGCCUACAUGCAACAACGGAACAUGGACCCACAUGCCUAAGUGCAAUCCGGCCAGGUGCAAAGACCUUCCUGCCCGCCCCGCAAACGGCAUUGUAAUUGCACCGAAGACAGACCACAGCAUGAAAGCUUUGUUCCAAUGUGACGACGGCUUCGAUUUGCAAGGGCCGAAUAUGACCACAUGCAAUUUCGGAAACUGGACAGAUCCGACACCUUUAUGUAAAGAAGUCUAUUGCCCUUAUCCUGGUGCUAUCGAGCACGGCCGUGUACUUCUGGUCGGCAACAUGGGUAUGUACGACUACAGGCCCUAUGUCAGACGGGUACGGAAUAACCGGCAGAUUACUUACGAAUGCAAACGAGGCUAUGUUCUCGAGCACAACGCACCAGUCGGGGCUACUUGUGUUGACGGCCAAUGGAGUCCCAGCCAAUUGCCGCAGUGCACACCCGGAUCCCAUCCUUCUGUGCGGCAGGUACGCAGCGUUCCUGACCAGCUGGUUCUGAUGAAGGGAGACGCUGGACUUCGCGAGCGCCUCCAGGAGCAUAAGGCAGGCAUCAAGGAAGCGUUAGUGGUGAUGACGAAGAAAGUUCGCCACAGACGUCACAGACGCAAAUCGGGACGCUGUCGCAGCCCGAUCGCCGAGGAUCUCAUCGGCGUGGGAGAGAUUCGCGAAGUGACGACGGAAGGUUUUCCCCACGGAGUUCAAAUUCGCAUUUCCUGCAAAGAAGGAUACGAAGCAGUCACUGGAACUGCAAAGUGCGUCGAGGGGAACUGGGAUCCCAAGGAGCCUUUUUGCCGCCCCCUACCGUGCGAGCUACCUAAAAAAUUGCACAUGAGCUUCAAAGAAUCGGAGACCGACGAGGAGUUGCAUCUCACUUCGGUCGAGCACGACGUCAUCGUUAGCGUCCAUUGCGCGCAAGGCUACCAGCUUGAGGGACAGCACGAUCUACAGUGCUCUUUCGGACUCUGGGACGCGGUCGUGUUCCCGGAGUGCGUCCCAGAACCUUGCGAGCUGCCAGUGUUGGAGAACGGAUAUUAUCUAGGGGGGCUUCGACAAGGAGAAAGUCUUUCGCAUGGAUCUUCGGUUGAGUUCGAUUGUGAGAUCGAGUACUUGAAGAACAAUCCCAGCAAACCGAUUAAGUGUUCCGAAGGCCAACUGGUUCCAGCCCCACCCGUGUGUCUCCAUCUGGGCAAUUUCAAUAAAGACGAGCUGCUCCGUCGUCGGGACUGGAAUCCGGACACGAGUGGAAGAAGAAGUUGCUCGACUCCUGAAAGGAUUCACCAGAGUCUCGUAUUUCCUUCCGAGCAAAAUCUUGAAAAGUCAGCAAGGGAAAGUCUCACAAAGGCAAGGAUUUCAUUAUAGAUGCAGAAGACGGAGUCCCCUGACUAUGUCGGGACACUGCAGUUCCCUCACGGCACCGAAGUGGUUUUUGACUGCAUCGAAUCGACGCCCGGCGGAGAACGAAAUACGUGGAAGCUCCUUUGCGAAGACGGCAACUGGAUCGGUCGUCCCGAGAAAUGCGAUCUGAGCAGCUCUCAGAUCCCGAAGGAGCUGCGGGCUAACAUGACUUGCCACUACCAGCUCAGUGAGCCCAACUUGCUGGCGUUCGAGGGUGAUCGUGUCAUUGGCGCAGACGAAACGCCCGAUUUCCAGCCGGGGACCUCUCUGACUUUCCGCUGCAAGGACAUAGGCAAGUACGCCCUCAUCGGCAGUGGCAUCCGAACCUGCGAAUUCGGUGACUGGACUGGAGUCAAGACCUCAUGCAUCGGACUGAGCCAAGAACAUGACUACGCUUUGGAGAAGCCGCCCACAAUUUUGUUCAGACAUCAGCUAGGCCCAGUAGCCCAAAGUAACGACGGUAAACUCAUCGUCUGGGAAGGGACCAUCCUACACCUAGAAUGCUUAUGGUUGAGAAAAUAUGGAACGCCUAAAUGGGAGAUAAGCCAUCAGAAUCGUCGUUACGCCGAGGGUUGGACGACGGAACCUGGGCGGGACUCUCAAUUGGAAUACCGUUUGAGUAUUUAUCACGCAAAGGACGAUGACUCUGGACGCUACACAUGCAUCACCCCCAUGGGUCAUAAGCACACCGUGGAGAUCGUUGUGAAAUCGGUCACUUGUUCCCCUGUGAACGUCUCUGAUCCGAGCCUCGUCGUCAGUCAGAACGAUACGAGAAUGGGAUCGAUCAUAGCGUUCAGCUGUCCAGACGGCCAAAACCUAAUCGGUGAAGCCGAGAUCGAGUGCUUGCCAUCUGGCCACUGGUCGGCCGUUUCACCGCGUUGCCGAGUGAUGAUGAAUAACCAACAUGUAGAUUUUCCCUGUACAGUGACGGAGUGCCGUGAUCUGAGUAAAAUGGAAUCCGAUCUGCUCAUCAUUGAUGUUCUGAGCAGCUCCGUAGGGGCCAAAGCGAGCUUCAGUUGUCCUCAAGGCUACGGGCUCCGAGGCGAGUUUGAAGCCGAGUGUUUAGAGAGCGGUUUCUGGUCGGCCGAGAUUCCGCAUUGUAAGCCGGUAUCGUGCAACGCCCUCGAGCCCCCAGACGACGGCUACAUUCUCGGAGCGGGGGUGGAAGGCGAGGUCAAAGUAUAUCGUGGUGGAGACCUCAUACAGUUUUCCUGCAAUGCCGACUUCAUGAUGAUCGGCACCGGCAUCGUCGUCUGCCAAGAAAACGAGCGCUGGAGCGCGCCGGUUCCUAAGUGUGUUCCGGCGUGCCAGUACCCUCCCGUGGGUGACAGCGGCGCCCGAAUCGUUUCCCGAGUGAGUUACUUCUAUCGCAUUAACGAGACGGUCACAUUUGAGUGUCCGCAAGGUAAAGUGCUCCGGGGCGCAUCUGUCAUCAAAUGUGUUGCCAGAGGCCAAUGGUCGGCGCAGGUCCCCCAGUGCAUCGACACCGCGGCGGCAUCUGCUGGGCAAUCUCCAAGCGCGCUCGUUGAUGCGAUGCAGUCGACUGGGACGACGGCUGGACGAAGGGACUAG